AUGGAAGAGCAAAACGUUAUCACAGAGGUCCCAGCAGCCCUAAAGCGCCUGGCCAAAUACGUAGUGCGUGGUUUCUACGGAGUAGAGCACUCCCUGGCUCUUGAUCUACUGAUCCGCUACCCCUGCAUGAAAGAGGAUGACCUGUUACAGCUGCUCAAGUACGAACGCAAACAACUGCGUGCUAUCCUCAACACGCUCAAGGCAGACAAGUUUGUGAAGCUGCGUAUACGAGUUGAAACAGGGCCUAACGGGAAGAGCACAAGGCACAAUUACUACUACAUCAACUACAAGGUGCUGGUGGAUGUGGUAAAAUACAAACUGGAUCAUAUACGCCGGAAAAUAGAAGCGGAUGAGCGAGAUUCAACUACCAGAUCCUCUUUUAAAUGUCCGUCUUGUUCCAGCACUUACACAGACCUUGAGGUCAAUCAGCUCUUCGAUGUAUUUACAGAGACUUUCCACUGCACUUACUGCAACACUGAAUUAGAAGAAGAUGCCUCAGCAGUUCUGAAGCGUGAUGCUCGAAACUUGCUAGCGAAAUUCAAUGAGCAGAUGGAACCUGUCUUUGUGCUGCUGCGUGAGACUGAAGAUAUUGCUCUGCCAUAUGAAUUUCUGGAGCCACAGCCAACAGAAAUACCAGAAUUGUCAGAAAGCUUUGAUCAGGUGGGUUCAAGUGUGCUGGAAUCCUGCAGCCAACAUGAGAAAAGGGCCAGCAGACGUUCCUCUUACAGCAAUAUGUACACCCAAAACUUGGUUAUUGAUGUCCAAGAUCCUGAGCACAAGAAGAAAACAAGAGAAAAAGCAACUAAGAAGCAACCUAUCUGGAUGUCACAGAGCACUGUGGAAGGAGCAACAAGAACCACCACCAACAGUGCUGCAGUAAAUGCUUCUGAAGAAACUGGUAAAGAAACUGUCACUGAUAAUGAAAUUAUGAAGACUCUUCUGAUCCAUGAACCCAAGUUGUCAUCUAACACAAAUCAGGCUCCUGUUGGCAAAAGUAAACCACCUGAAUCAGGCAGUGAUGUUAGAGAGUGUGAAGGAGAUGCCAAGCACUCAAAAGCAAACAACUUUGAACAAGAGGAGGAAGAACAGGAAACACAAGGUCCUAUUUUAAUGGUAGCUGGUCAGCCUCGUUCAUAUGGUGAAAUUAAUGAAAAUCCAGAGCUUGUGUCUUUGAUGACAAAUGAAGAGAGAGCAGCUUAUAUUAAAGUAGGGCAAGAAAUGUUCCAGUCUGUCUUUGAAUAA